AUGAGUGUCUGCUUCCAACAUGAUCAACUUAAGCAAAGUUAUGCCGAAGAGAAGUGCUUCAAAGGUUUCAUAGAAGGUGACAUCGCUUUUGCUCCAACAUACAAGUAUGACCUGUUCUCUGAUGAUUAUGAUACCAGUGAAAAGUCCCGCAUUCCAGCAUGGACAGACAGGGUGCUCUUUUGGAGGAGGAUGUACCCACGUGACAAGGAGAAUCCCAAGUGGACACCAGGUCGAUUUGUUCACUAUGGAAGGGCUGAGCUGAAACAGAGUGACCAUCGACCAGUGUUGGCAGUGAUUGAUGUAGAAGGCUGCACUGUCAUUGACUCAAAGCUUGCCAGCACCUACGAGUCUGUUGUAGCAUCACUUGGUCCUUCGGACUGUACUGUUGUAGUGCAGGUUCAGAACCUCCCUCCUGGAGCUGAUGCAGAUUCUGUUUUUGACGAUGAAACACUGGAGAAAGUCCAAGAAGCCAUGGGAACAGUGGGCUCUGUGGUGCUUGUGCGCUUUGUGGAUAACAGAGUUUGGUUCACGUUUAGCGAUUCGCAGACAGCACUAAAGGCUAUAGGAUGUAGUCCAUUACAGAUAGGUGGACACAGGCUGGAAGUGAAGCUCAAGACAGAGGCCUGGAGAGACCAGCUGGAGGAGGAGCUUGCCCUCUGCGGGGACACUACUGUACCUCUUAUAGAGGAGACCCUCAACAUCUCAGACCAAGUGGAUACUUCUUUCAGCAUUAGAAAUAUUGAAGGUGCCAUGGAGAAGUUGUAUCAGUCAGAACUUGAGGGUGAAGAGGAUCCAGCCAGCAGUGAACCAAUAAAGGAACAGCGGUCCCCCAUCCAGCCCUCUCGGCCCCCACCUCCACGCCCUGCCCCAUCAAGACCUCCCCCUCCUCGUCCCACUCCCCCAGGAUCUGCUCCAACUUCACCAGCCAUAGCUCGGGCUCAGACCAAGAUAUUCCAUGCUAUAACUUUUCAACUUAAUGCUAAUAUCCUCAGCUAUACUCCUACCAGCUUGCAUUCACUAAAGGAUGAAUACUCUAACCCAAUCCCGACGGGUCAUUUUCCGAUACGCGCGACCCUUUCCCCGGGCAGUAUUCGCAGCGGCCUGGGCCUUGCUGCCGGGGACCCGUGCCAUAUCCCUGUGGCAAUACCAGCAUUCCUUGCCUUUUCUUUGUAUCACUAA